AAGUUAUUAAAGACGAAAUCCUUUACCAAUUUUAUACUAAGGCGUUGGUAGAGAAACAAGUGCAUAACAUUUAGAACCAGCAAAUAAUAAGUAGUGGCUUGCAGAACUCAGUUCUACACCGCAAUCGACCUGCCGAUCUGGCUUCAUUUUUUUUACGUUGGUCUCUUUUAAUUUUCUAAUUUUUUUUUUUUGUUACUUGCCCACCAGUCAUACCCCCAAAUGGCCGUCCCUGUAGCCGCCCCUUGGGGCGACGUUCCUAGCCGCGAUCAACUUUUCGUACUGGUGACAGGAACAAACAGCGGCGUCGGUACCGGAAUCGCGGAGCGCCUGAUCGACGAAUUCCUGGCUAAACGCUCCCUCACCUCGCACCUCAUCCUCAUCGUGACCACCCGAAGCAAGUCCAAGUCCCAGCAGACUAUCGACAUACUCCGAAAGCAUGUUCGCAAGGCAGCCGAGGCGAAGAAGCUGAGGGCCCGCGCGGGCUCCUCGUACGACCCUGAAUCGACCAUCGCGAGGAUACACCUGGUCGGCAUCCUCGUUGACCUGUGCAACCUGCGUAGCGUCUACGCCGCCGCCAACCUGCUCAAGGACGGCGGUGCACCCGCGGCCGGCAGCAACUGCCCGACGUCGGUUCGCGUCCCGCGCCUCGAUUCGAUAAUCCUCAACGCGGGCUACGGCAACUGGACGGGUCUCAACUGGUGGCGAGUCUUUGUGCAGGUGGUCACCAAGGGGCUCCCCACCGCCUUCACGUGGCCCACGUUCAAGAACGCCGCCAAGGGCACCCUCGUGGACCCGCUGACCGGACGCAUCCUCACCAAAGAGCAGGCAAUCGCCGAGGGCCGGACCACGGCGGAGCUGCUCGGCGAGACCUUCACCGCUAAUCUGUUUGGCCACUACAUGCUCGCCCACGCGCUGCUGCCCCUGCUCAGGCGGACGCCCGAGCAGAUCGGAGAGGAGGCCUUGAGCCCCGCCAGGAUAAUAUGGCAGGGGAGCGUCACUCCCGGGCCCGACGACUUCUCCAUGUCUGACCCGCAGGGCCUGCGCCACCACGACGCCUACGACUGCGUCAAGCGCCUGAACGACAUACUCGUCUUCUCGUCGACGCUGCCCAAGGCUGAGCCUCACGUCAGGAAAUACCUCCUCGGCGAGGAUAAUGCCAAGGAUGACAGCAACAACAACAACAACAACAACAAUCUGGUGGCGCCGCGUAUGUACCUCACGCACCCGGGCAUCACCAACACGGCCAUAUUUGCCCUGCCUUAUGUACUGAGCGUGCUCUGGGGCCUCGUCAUGUACGUCACGCGCUGGAUCGGGUCGGUUUGGCACGUCGGGUCGCCCUACAACGCGGCCAUCACUCCCGUGUGGAUCGCGCUCGAGGAGCAAGGCCGGCUCGACGACAUGGAGGCGCACCGCUCCAAGUGGGGGAGCGCCUGCUCGCGCUGGCGCGGCACCCUGGCGGCCAAGAAGACCGAGGUCCAGGGCUGGGGCUGGGACGGCCGCCUGGCCUCGCACCCGAGGGGAGGCCCCGACGAGAGCGAGAAGGGCUUCCUUUCCAGGGGCAAGGGCAGGCGCUGGGACGCGGUCGAGCUGACCCAGGAUGCGCUCGACGAGUUUGAGGAGCAGGGCGCCGACUGCUGGCGCGAGAUGGAGAGGUUGAGGGUCGAGUGGGAGGAGAGGCUGGGCGUGAGGCCUGCUGCUAACGGUGACAAGAUUGCGCUGGCUGCCUAG